AUGACAGCGAUAAUGAUCCUUCCCUGGGCAUUGCUUCGACUCGUUUCGGGGAUGUUUGAAAGCCCAAAAUACCCAAAAUCAAAUCAGUCUGAGCCUACAGAUCUCCCCGUCCCUUACGAUAGCAAAAGACUGGCAGCAAGUUCGGAUUUUGCUUCUCUACCAGCGAUCGCAUACGCCUAUGAUCCGCUACCAGCACAGCGAGCUCAGCUUCCAUGUCCUCUUCUCUCGUUUCCCGACCAGGCGGCUCUCGCAGAUGAACAUACAUCGCUCAACUCGAUCCGAUUGGACCCGAUCGCUGCGGGUCUGCAAUACCGGUCCAGCAUCGACCAUGUGCGGGCCAGCAAACACUUCACAGCGAACUUCGAUGAAACUCUGAAUCUGAUUCGCAUGCUUGCUGAAGAUGAUUCUGCUUCCGACGUCGAAGCUCAACAUGGGAUCACACUGGCUAAGCUCGCCAAAAAAGCCAUUCGACCCGGGCUCGAGCACCAAAUGGUGCUUGCCGCACAUUACAUGUUCCCGGGCGCUGAUGAGCAGCGCAUAGCACAGAUCGCGGCACUGACGAUAAUGUACUUCGUUUUCGACGACAAAGUUGAGGAGACACCAGAUCGUCAACUCCACAUCUUCCGCAAUGACUUCAUUCGCCGCCUGCAGGGCCGUCGAGAUCCCGAUGCUAAAGUCAGCGCCUUUCAAAAUCACGUCGACUCCAUCGUCCAAGGCAUCGAAGCCGAAGACGCUGCCGGCGGAGAUGGAGGCAGGGAGAUGAUCGACGCCCUCCGAGGCGCGUUCAAAUGCGUUCAUCCGCCCGAGCAAGGAUUCCGCAGCGUGGCCGAGUACCUCACAUUCCGACGGCAGAACGUUGGUGCAGACUUCGUCGUCGCAGCCGCCAAAUUCGCCAUCAAGUCAUCCGUUGACACCACCUCACCACUCUACACACACUUCAUAACUCUGAUCUCCGACCACCUUGGCAUCGUCAACGAUCUCUACUCCUAUGACAAAGAAGCUCGCGCUCUUGCUGGCGGUGAGAUUUCCGACAUUAUCAAUCUUGUCGACGUCAUCAAGAACGUCACUGGACUGAAAGGGACCCCUGAUGCGAAGUCCGUCGCGUGGAGUCUGCAGUUGCAGGUCGAGCGGGAGAUUUGGGAGGAGCUUGAAGGUUUCAAGGGCCAGGAUUUGGGGGAUGAGGUAUGGGCAUUCCUCGACGCUGUUGUGACGACUGCGACCGGGAAUGUGAUGUUUUGUAUGACCACGAGUCGGUAUGGAGGAGAAGCUGCCAGGAUUUGA